ACAGCCCAGUAUAAAGCAGCAGCUGCUGCUCCGCUCAGUAACUGAUCUGUGUUUCUGAUGGAAGGAUGCUGCAGCCACUCUGGAGCUUCCUGCUGGGACACGAGUCCCUGCUGCUGUCCCCCGUCUUCCCCGUCCUCUUCUCCCUCGCCGUCUACCUGUCCUUCUGCGCGCCCUUCCUGCUGCUGGACCUGCUGUCCCCGCGCUGGGCCCUGGUGCGCAGCUACAAGCUGCAGCCUCAGAGCUCCGUCAGCUGGGCCUCGGCGUGGAGCUGCAUGCUGGUGACGCUGUACAACCACGUGGUGUUCAUCUUCCCGCUCACGGUCCUGAACUGGUACCUGAGGCCCGCCCACCUGCCGCAGGAGGCCCCGCCCCUGCCCCGCCUCCUGGCCCAGGUGCUGGUCUGCCUGCUGCUCUUCGACUUCCAGAGCUUCGUCUGGCACCUCCUGCACCACCGCGUGGCCUGGCUCUACCGCCACUUCCACAAGGUGCACCACACCUUCACCUCCACCUCGGCCCUGACCACGGAGCACUCGGGGGCGUGGGAGACUCUGAGUCUGGGUCUGUUUGCUGCAGCUAACCCUCUGCUGCUGGGCUGCCACCCGCUCACCGAGCUAGCCUUCUUCCUGCUCAACAUCUGGCUGUCGGUGGAGGACCACUGUGGCUACGACCUGCCGUGGGCCACGCACCGCCUGGUGCCCCUCGGCCUGUACGGCGGCGCCCGCCACCACGACCUGCACCACCUCAAGUCCAACUGCAACUACGCCCCCUACUUCACCCACUGGGACCGGCUGGCCGGGACGCUGGACACGGCACAGGACUGAAUGGAGCCGUUAGAAACCAGUAUUAGUAUUAGUAUUAGUAUUAUGGAGGAGUUUUUUCUCAGAUGAACAGAUUUCUGAAAUCUUCCUCUAAACCAGGGGUGUCAAACUCAAAUACACAAUGGGCCAAAAUUUAAAACUUGAAUAAAAUUGUGGGCCAACAUUGAACAAAUAAACCUUUUAAUAUAUACCAAACAUGUUUUGCUUUAACAUUAAAUAUGGAACCAGCAACGCUUAUAAACAUACAAUAUAUAACUAAAUAGUGCAGACAUGCAAAAUCAAAUUUCAUAUAAAAAACACAUCAAUGCCAUUAAUUUACAAUAAUAAGAUAAUAAUGUGGUAUUGCCUCGCGGGCCAAAUAAAAUUACACUGCGGGCCAAAUUUGGCCCGCGGGCCAGAGUUUGACACCUCUGAUCUAAAUCAUCUUUUACAUUAAAAGACUGAGGACACUAAACAUAUAUUAAUAACUGUUAUAAUAUAGUUAUUUAUUUAUUUAUUUAUUUAUUCCCUGUAAGCAGAACUGAUGAUUCAUCAGAUCUGUCCUGAAUCUGAAUCUGUUCACACUGUGAUAUUUUAUUAAUAGUUUCUCACAUUUUCUACUCAAACAACUAUUACGUUUGAGCAAUUAUUUUUAACUCAACAUGUUUGAAGAAGGCUAAAAACAUUUCAUAUCAAAGUAUAUUUUCAGUGUUUUUUCGGGGUAUUAAUGAAUUAUUUUCAUGUUGUUGCAUUGAUGCGACUUAUUAAAAAUUAAAGAUUUUCUUUAAGGCAUCUGAAAAAAUGUUCAUAUUGAACAAGUCCACAAAAUGUUGACCAUUGUAUGUUCUUUUUAUAUAUCUAAAAGAAGCUCAUUAAUGUAUAAGCUACAGUUAUUUUUUCACUAAUGUUUCUAAGCUGCAGUUUUUUAAAUUUAUUUUAUUAAAUUAGCAGCUCCAGUAUCAGUAUAAAAGAUGAAAAAGAAUGUGAGUGAAAGUGAUUUUAUUGGCGUUGGACUGAUGGAAGUGAAGUGACUGAACUGAAUAUUGAUGAAUGAAUAUUUGAAGGAUUUUGGAACGUUACCCUGACUGAAAAUGUGAAUGAUUUUAAGUGAAUCACUGAAAAUAAAUUUCAUGAACUGAAGUUAAACUGAGUUUUUGUUUCUUGUAUGUUGUUACAGCUUUUUGAAAAAUAAAAUUAGAACUUUUUUAACAAAUCAGACAA